AUGCAACCGGGUACAAUAAAACUGAAUAAUAAUCAACCUAUUCUGCAGAAUACUGCGCUUGGCUGGAUUGUAGGCGGCUUAAUAGAACAAUCAUCAACGAACGUCACAUCAGCAGCGCUAACAUGUGCAAUUUUCGAUAGUGAAACUUCACUGACACAAGCAAUUGAGAAGUUAUGGAAACUCGAAGAAGGAGCAUCAACAGAAAGGGUAAUGUCUCCGCUGGAAACCCGGUGCGAGUCUCAUUAUAAUCAGCAUGUCCAGACGGAUCAGAACGGUCGAUUCAUUGUUAGUCUUCCUUUCCAAGAAUCUCCAACAACAUUGGGAAAAUCUCAUGCGAUGGCGUAUAACCGGUUCAUGAGUCUUGAACGUCGGCUUCUUCAGAAGGAUGAUAUCCGCAUGCAAUACAUCAAGUUCAUGCAGGAAUAUGAAAUGCUAGGACACAUGCAGAAAAUUGACGUGAAUAUAGUGUCGAACCCUAAAUAUUUCAUUCCGCAUCACUGUGUGCUUAAACCAGAUAGUACCACGGCAAAAUUAAGGGUGGUAUUUGAUGCAUCCGCGAAAACGUCAUCGGGUCAUUCGUUAAAUGACUUAAUGUACACAGGACCAACUGUGCAAAGUGAACUGUUCUCUAUCCUGCUACGGUUCCGAUUACCAAAGUUUGUCUUCACAACUGACAUUGAAAAAAUGUAUAGACAAAUCUUAAUUCACCCCGAUGAUCAGAAAUAUCAACUGAUCAUUUGGAGGGAAGAUCCAUCGCACCCAGUUAGCUAUUACAAGCUCAAUACUGUUACAUAUGGAACUCGUGCAGCACCGUACUUUGCCACAAAGUUUCAACAGAAAAUCGCAGACGACAACUUGGAUCGCUAUCCCCUUGGUUCAGAAAUGCUAAAAGAGAACUUUUAUAUGGACGAUGGUCUCGGUGGUGGUAGCUUAAACAUAGCGAUGGAGACACAAAAGGAAUUGAUAAUCAUUUUGAAAAAGCACGGCUUCAACUUAAGAAAAUGGUCGUCAAACAGUCCAAGAUUGCUAAAGGAUCUCUUCCCUGUCGUCCCAAAUGCUCCAAAUGCUACUUUCCCAGCCGCUAGUCUGCAGUCUAGUACUAACAUAGUUAAGCAGGCUCCUACCACUACUGCUGCAAAUUUGCCACCAGUUAAUCGCCAGGUGUAUCACACUACCCACAAUUCUAAAGUUCUUCUCAGCACAACUAUUGUUAAUUUAGUUCACCAAGGCAAAUCCUACCCUGUUCGAGCCCUUGUUGACCCUGCGUCCGAGGCAACUUUCAUAAAAUAUCUGGUAUAA